CAUUAAAAGCGCAAUUUCUAAUUAGUGGUAGAUUUCAACACUAAAAACUACAUUUUCUGAUUGAUUUUAGACUGAUAAUUUAAAAUGCACAUGUGACUUCAGCAAUGGAGUCCUCCUAUCUUGGGGAACAAUAUGAUAAAAAUGAUUCAUUUUUUAAAACUAAAACGUCUUUGCAAUCAAAUGGAACUAUCCGAUCAAACAAAGACAAGGAAAGCGGAAACAUAUCUGAGAUCACAGCAGAGGUUAAUGUCACCAAGAUGAAUGGAGCGUCCGAUGGAGAGGAACUGGGCCGACAACUUCCGGUGACUAUGACUGCAUCAAGUGACAAAGCGGGGAAACUACUAUCCCCACCACUUUUACCGUCACCCGGUGGCCAUACACUGCAGCGCCUUGAGCCCGAGGGCUCCGACGCACCGACUGAGAGCGGCCCGGGAGUUAAGGGCGAGUUUAAUCGGGCUCAGCACGAAACAGUUGAACAUUAUGCGGAGUCACACCGACCAGAAGAUGCACCUUCAAAACAAAGCACUCGUGUAUCGCUCGUCGCGACUUUAAGAGAAACUCCGCCGCCCACAGAGAACACACGAAUGAGCGAUGGUUCUGAGCAAAACACAGGAAGUCCAACUCGACCUUCAAGUGAUUCUACCAAAGUCGAGCAGGAGAGUCGAGCGAAUAUGUCGCACCUGACUUCAAAACAGCGGCCUCCUAGCAGAACCUCGUAUAACUUACUAGACUCACAGUCAGAAGAACAAGGACCCGAAGGCGAUGCACAGAGCGCCGUCCAAGUAGAGAUCUCAUCGCCAAAACCUAUGGGAGAAAGCCAAGAAAGUGUACAACACAUAGAAAACUCCAAAAUAGACUCUCCAGAUGCGCUAAUAGUGCCAGAAAACCGAACGCGGACUUCCCCUGAAGGUUUAGAUCACAGCUCUGACGAAAAGGGGAGCGGGGGAAAAUAUAAGUCUGCUGAUGAUGAAUUAAACCCUUACUUUACCGGCAGAUUGCCGACGCUGCUCCUUCGAGAGCAAACGAUUCAGCCCGCCAAUGAAAAAUUCUCCCAUGGCCGUGCGAAUCAGGAUUCUACUAGAGAACUCAACACAGCUAAAGAAAAAAGUCAGGAAACAAGAAGAGAACAAACUUCUGCUGACAAGGAUGACAAAGACGCACUUACAUAUUCGCCCACGAAUAAGCAAGACACACAUACGCCAAAGACUGAAACUCGCAACGCAAAGACUGAACAUGACACAAAGAAUGUAACUGAUGCUACACCUUCUUCGAACAGCAGCGCAAUACCUAUGUCCAGCAGAGAAGUACAGGACAUUCUCAAUGAAAUAAAGUCAGAUAGUCACAAAUAUGCACUCGUCAAAGAGAAGCCAUUGACCCCAAGAAACAACAAAGAAAAGGAAGGAACAGGUCUGUCCGUCAUACACUCGGUCGCGGAAGAAAACGGUGUGAAUUUGGAUGCUGAAGAAAACAGGCGUGGACAAUAUGAGGGUUCACGCAUGACUCUUAGCGACAUUGACGCAGUCACAUCAAAAGUUGUUGGAACUACACACGUAAAGGAUCGUCAAUCUUAUUUUGACAACUUACCACAAGUUAAGAACAUCGAUUCAUAUGUUGCAGCUAAUAAGCUCCCACGUGAAAAUUCUGAGGUACGAGUAGAAACAACCAAUGAAAGAAGUAAAGAGACACACGACGUGAAUCAAUACGAAAGAAAUACAACUGAAAAUACUGAAGGCAGAACUUCAACGAAAACGCCAGAUAGUCAUGGGAGCACAGCUGGAGGAUCAGAUUAUCGAAAGGACAUGCUCCCCCAAAUUGAAAAGUCCACACAACUAGCGGAGGUCGACGAGAAACCGCCGUUACGGGAUUCUGAAGAAGUUGCGUUACGGGAUAUUAUUGCCUCCGCAAAGCGCGCAAUAGAUCAAGGCCACGAGUCGGAAGAGGAAACCGAUGACACACUGACGGAACUUGCAACCACUGACGCCUCCCGGAUAUCCGUUCAUGGCAGUCACGUGUCUCAGGUCGAGCGGGCGUCCAGGGGAGGGCGGCAGGAGCGGAGGGAGUCGGAAGUAUCCACCACCGUCGACGAAGGCGCACUUAUUUGUUCGAAUUGUAUGCGGGCCGACAGCAACGUGCAUAGCUCGGGUUUUUGUGGUGUUUGCAAAAAAUACCUUUGCAGCACGUGCAUAACUGUGCACACGAUGGAUUCAAAAACCUCACAUCACGAGAUACUGGCUUGUUACUGUAAAAACGAACUUGGAAUUAACAAGUACGUUAAAGCCACAGCGUAUUGCAGUGACUGCGUUGCCUUCCUCUGCAGUAAAUGCUCACUUGAUCACGUUGGAAAACGUAUUUACAAAAGGCACAGAGUAAUUCAAAGUUCGUUCGUAAUGAAGCCACACAAUAAGAAAACUUCAUCAAUGCAGUUUCUGAACAACAUUCAGGACCAUUUUGAGCAUGAAUUAGCGAAAAGAACUAGUCGCAGUGACAAAUCCAGAAAAGAAAAACAGAGAAAAAGCAUGAUAGAAAAACAAAGAUCAAACCCGUACAAGGUCGCUUACAGUAAUGUUCUACCAUCACUUUAUCCGGGGCCAAAUAAGGCGUUAGGGGCGUCCUACGCAAACAACCCUAAUUGGCCCCAGACCAGCAUCCCCAGCCUCCCCUACCUGGUUCAGCCCGGGCCCCUCCGCCAGCGUCUUUUGGACAACCCCUACAUCACCCAGCAUCGACCUCUGGGGUACGCGGGGGGUAAGGAGAUCAACGACACUCUACAAGACGUCAAGCUCAAGCAGAUGAAGUCAAGGUACGGAGUUCGGGAGAUAGCGCAAGUGUUUAAGCUUCAUGGCGGAAGUAGACCGAUAUCGAGACUGAGCAUGACACCAGCAGGGACAAUGAAGAGUUUCACGACUCACGGACGGACGGAGGGCGGCGUCACGGUGAACAUAUACCCAGAACCCACCCUCAUGCACGCAGAGUACCUGAACGAAAAAAAUCUGUCCAUUCCAUUUCCCAGUGGAGAGAAACCUGUCGAAAUUAGCGCAAUGGUGAUCUUAAUGAACGGACACCUUGUGGUUUUUGAUAAAAAUAACAAUAAUAUCAAAAUCUACAACAAAACAUUCCGAUGUAAGGCCGCUCUGCAGUUUCACAACAGGAUUGUUGACAUCGCGGCGUCAAAUCUUUGCCCCACCGACAUUUACACGGCCACUCCACGGCACAUGUAUGAGAUUUCCAGUAUAAAGGGAUUGGAGCUGACCAAAAAAUUCAACGUGGGCGUAAGACGCAUUGAAGGGCUGGCUUGCUGGAAGUACGGUCUUGUAGUCAUAUCAAAACAGACGGAAAUAACGUGGGAACUUCGACUGUUCGAUUAUCGAGGUAAUGUGAAAAGUAAACUAGAAGUUCUCAACCCUUUUACAUCGGAUAUUGCGGCUAAUAAGUUGUAUCACGUAACGACGUCACGCGGCGGCAAAUACCUGUCAAUUUCCGAUGCAAAAAACGGCUGUGUAAUCACGAUUGACCUGCUCGGCCGGAAGAUUGCCGCCGAGACCAACCUGAAACAAUCAAGCAACGAUGCUACGCUGGAAGAGUUGCAGGAAGAAACUGACGCCAGUAGUAAUACAGCGGAUAAUAAGAACGUCGACGUCACGCCGACGUAUCUGACGUCGGACAGCAACGAUAAUGUGUACGUAUCGUGCGAUGGACGUGUCCUGCAGGUGUCUCGACGAGGGGACCUCGUGGGAACGGUUAUUGAUGUCCCAGGGGAGGGGCGCUCGAACGGAAGCAUCGUGUUCAACCGCUCCAAAAAGCGGUUGUACGUCCAAACUGGGACCGAUUCUAUCAUCGUGUACAAGAUACACGCGUAACCCGCGUUCGGUCUCAGAACAAAAACACUGGGAAAACGAAAGGUCGAGUCUUUUUGUAGAUUCGAUUUGUACAUAAUAGAUAAACUACCCAUAAUCAGAGUGUAUGUACAUUUAAUAGUGUGCGUUGGAGAUAUUUAAGCCAAUGAUUUUGCCAAGAUUUCUUUUGUGAAUGUAUACAUGUUAUUGUUUGAUUUUUUUUUAAAGUUUAGCAAUAAAGCACUAGAAAUUGC